AUGGAAAAAAUGAUAGCUGCUUAUAAUUUACUUAGUCCCGAACAAAAGAAGGAGUUGGAAAGCGAAAAAAAGGAUGCCGAAAAGACACUAAAAGAGUUUCAGGAGGCUACUAAACUGAACGAGCAAGAAAAUAAAUGA